AUGAGCAUCACCGAGAGCCAGCUGAACGAGGUGCGGGGCAUCCGCGCCAGUCUCGACGAGGACACGCUCUUCACGCGCAUGGCCAGCUCGAUCGCCCCCGAGAUCUUCGGCAUGGAGCUGGUCAAGAAGGCGCUCCUGCUGCUGAUGGCCGGCGGAGUCACCAAGGAGACCCACGACAACCUCAAGAUCAGGGGCGAAAUCAACAUCGCCCUCAUCGGCGACCCCGGAAUCGCCAAGUCGCAGCUCCUCAAGCACAUCUCCUUCCUCGCUCCAAGGGCAGUUUACACCACUGGAAAGGGAAGCUCAGGAGUGGGCCUGACUGCAGCGAUAGUGAGCGACCCUUACACGAAGGAGCUUUCGCUGGAGGCGGGCGCCUUGGUGCUUGCGGACAUGGGGAUCUGCUGCAUCGACGAGUUCGACAAGAUGGAGGAGUACGACCGGACGGCCAUCCACGAGGUGAUGGAGCAGCAGACGGUCUCCAGCAAGGCCGGCAUCACCACCACCCUCAACGCCCGCACCUCCAUCCUCGCCGCCGCCAACCCGCUCUACGGCCGCUACAACAGGCACGAGACAGUCCACAAGAACAUCAACCUGCCCGCCGCCCUGCUCUCCCGCUUCGACCUCAUCUUCAUCCUGCUCGACGAGUCCAAGCAGGACAGGGACCUGGCGAUGGCGAGGCACAUCGGCAUGGUCCACAAGCUGAGGAAGUCGACCGACGAUUCCUAGAACCUGUUCCGUCCUGAGUUCCUGAGGACCUACAUCGCCCUCUCGAAGAGCUACAACCCCACCAUUUCCCCCGAGCUGCACCAGCUGCUGAUCAACAAGUACAUCGAGAUGCGGAAGGACCAGCAGUCCAUCAAGCACAAGGGGGACAAGUACACCACCACCAGGAGCCUGCUCGCCCUCAUACGGCUUUGCCAGGCAAGAAUGAUCCGGGACCUGUGCAAGUACGCUUCGGAGCUGAGCAUCGACAUGGACGCCCUGAAGAAGCGGGUGCUGAGCAGGGGCUACUCCGAGGAGCAGCUGAACGAGACCAUCGACAACUACCUCAAGCUCAACCUGCUGAUGUGCGAAAACCACGUCAUCACCCUCAUCGACGGCUGA